AUGAUUUUUUUUUUUAUAGCAUCUCAGAAGCUUUAUGAGUUCAAAAAUGCAAGAGAAUCUAACCAGGUAAAUAAUUACACUUUGAUUCCAUAUGCUUCAACUUCGGAUGUUUGUAUAAUUGUUUCGUAUGCUCCAGAGCUUUAUGAAUUCAAUACGGAAGAAUUUGAUCAAGAAAAUGCUUACACUUCAAUUCUAUAUGCUUCUACUUCAUCAGAGGAUCAUCUUUAUGAACCUAAUGUGGAUGAAUUUGACCAAAUAAAUAUUUACAAUUCAAUUUCAUAUGCUUCUACUUUAUCAGGAGAUCACGUGCUUUAUGAACUCAAUUCAAGUGAACUCGACCAAGAUAAUACUAUUCUAUACGAUCCUAUUUCAUCGGAUGUUCAAUUUUAUGAAUUUAAUGUAAAUGAAUUUGACUAUAUAAAUACUUACACUUCAAUUCCAUAUAUUCCUAUUUUGUUGGAAGAUCACGUGCUUUAUGAACCCAAUACUGAUGAAUUCGACCAAGAUAAUUCUUACACUUCGAUUUCAUAUGUAUCUACUUCAUCAGAUGUUCACAUGUUUUGCGAAUCUAAUACGGUUGAACUUGACAAGGAAAAUGCUUACGUUUCAUAUUCUUCUAUUUCAUCCAAGAUUUAUUUUAUUGUUAAUAAGUUUAAUAUGAAUGAAAAUACUCAAUAUAUUUUGAGGGUUCAAAUGAUUUAUCUAGCUCCUAAUGAAUCUUAUAUGAAUGAUAAAAACAUUCAAGAUAUUUCUAUUUUACAUGCCCUGACUUCAUCGGAGAUUCAGCUUUAUAAUAAUGAUUCAAAUGAUAAUGAAUUAAAUGAAUCAAAUAAUCUAACAGAUUCUUCGGGAUUGAUUGAAUCAAAUAACCCAACAAAUUCUUCAGAAUUGACUAAAUCAAAUAACUCAACAGAUUCUUCGGAAUUGAUUGCUGGACUUCCUUUUCAUACAUGGCAAGAAUUCAAGGCUUGA